CUUCCCCCCCAAACGAGUAUCUCGCCAAUUUCGACACCUCAACACCAUCUUUUGCCGUCCUACACCUCACAUUCUCGACACUCCUUGAACCAAAGCGUUCCUUGCUCUACACAUUUACAAACCAAGCAACCAAAAAAAAAGAUGUCUGCUUCCGCCCUCUUCCGCCGCGCCGCCGUCGCCCCGCGCAUGGCCUCCGCCGCCCGCGCAUUCAGCACCACCCCGUCCAACAACGUCGCCCGCAUCACCAUCGUCGGCAACCUCGCCGACGCCCCCGAGGUCGUCCCAACCAGCACCGGCCGCGAGAUUAUCAGAUACGCCGUCGCCAGCAACAGCGGGCCCAAGGAUAACCGCCAGACCAGCUGGUUCCGUGUCACGAGCUUUGAGGCUGAGGGUCCCCGUCGGGAUUUCCUUCAGAGCUUGCCCAAGGGCACUCUGGUCUACGUCGAGGGCGAGGCUGCCAUGCGCGCCUACCAAGAUGCCGAGGGCAAGAACCGCAGCUCCCUGAGCAUUAUCCAGCGCUCUAUCGAGGUCCUCAAGCGUCCUUACACCGGCAACAACGGCGGCGAGGCCAGCGAGUAA